AUGGAUCGACGCGUAUGCGGACGCGUGGCGAGGGGGCGACGAUUCGCGGACGACACGGCCGCCGGGACGCGGACGACAAAAGUCUUCACUGUACGCAGUUGUCGCGGACCAAUUAAUUCGAGUCACACGUGGGCCGCGGCGGGCGGUGAAAACGCAACAGUGUGCCACUCGCGCCGCGACCCGGCCCGUGUCGAGUGUGGAGGUGACUCAGGUGAGCCGCCCGUGUGUGCGUGGACCAUUUCGUCCGUGUUGCGGCUGAUUUAUUGCGUGCGCCGCGCGUGUGUGCGUCGUUACAGG